CGACAGAAGUUUUAACUAUCUGGAGUGCGGAUAAAUUUUUACUGAGAGUCGUAUAGGAAUCUAUAAUCUAGUACUUUCCAAAAUACGCCGAGAGUAUUCCUGAUGGUGAAACGAGCGUUGCUUCAUCGAACGCAGCUAAAGAAAACAACAUCUAUGUAGUUGGUGGUACGAUGCCUGAAAUAGAGGGCGCUAAAUUGUACAAUACCUGUACUAUUUGGGGUCCCGAUGGAACUUUGAUAGCAAAACACCGAAAGGUACAUCUAUUCGACAUCGACAUUCCUAAUAAGAUUACUUUUCGAGAGAGUGAUUCACUCAGUCCUGGUAACUCCCUAACGACGUUCGAUGUGAAGGGCUGCAAAAUAGGUAUUGGCAUUUGCUAUGAUAUUAGAUUCGAGGAAAUGGCACGCAUUUAUCGGAACAAAGGUUGCCAAAUGCUGAUAUAUCCAGCGGCAUUCAAUAUGACCACUGGACCACUGCACUGGUCAUUACUUCAGCGUUUCAGAGCGAAUGAUAAUCAAUUAUACGUUGCCUGCAUAUCACCGGCUCGUGUUCCUUAAGCAAGUUACGUCGCAUGGGGACAUACACAGUUGACCAAUCCCUGGGGAAAGAUUCUUUACGAUUUGGAAACUCAAGAGAAUAUGGCAGUCACCGAUAUCGGUAAUUUACAGCUUAAAAUUAAAAGCGAGAGAUCCAUGAUGUAAUUAAUUUUUAGUCUCGUUAAUUUAUCGAUUUAGCCAUCUUCCUCUGUAUUUGUUGAAUUUAUUAGUAAGCAUUACUUAUUACUUCGUAUGUUUCUUUUUUCUAUCAGAUCUAAAAGUUGUUGAGGAAGUAAGGGCUCAGAUACCUACAUUUUCUCAGAGACGUACAGAUUUGUACGACACUGUCUGUAAGAAGGAGUAACUCUACACUAAAACAGAAAAUGUUUUUUUAUAAUAUUUCUACUACGAUAUCCUUUUUUUGUGAAUUAUUACUAAUUUCUUAUCAUUUGUACUAAAUGAAUGACUCAAUUAAGAAAACCAAAACGUUAUAAAUAAUAAUCUGUAUAUCUUGUGUAUCAACAUGUAAUUGGAUAUUAUAAUAAUAUAGGAAUGCUAUAAUAAUAUAGGAUAAUAAUAUAGGA